AUGGUGGCAAUUUCACAGGAUGCCCUGACGCAAGUCUCAACCGACGCCACUUCUGAUUUUGUCCAGUCGUUCUACAAUGCUCUUCAGUCGGCACGGGCCAGCAUAUCAAGCUUUUACUGCUCAGCUCCUGUGUCCAUCCUCUUCAACGGAAAUAUCGUAACCGACGGCUCUUCUGUUCAGGACAUCUUCCUUAACCAAAUCCCUCCUGCUCACUACGAAGUGCAAUCAUACGACUGUCAGCUUCUCAACGCGAAUUACCCUACUACCGCGGGUUCAUCAACCACCGCCGCCGGCCGACCCGGGGCUCGUUCAACCUCUAGGAACAUGUCGCUCUUGGUGCUUGUGAGUGGUUUUGUUCGGUUCGGCGAUGGCAGAGAGUCAUUUGACAUGCCGAACCGGGGAUUCAGCGAAACCUUUGUGCUUAUCCCGAACCCUGAGCUGGAUGGCGGAUCAAAACGCCGUGACAAGAAACAUUGGUUGAUACAGAGCCAGAAUUUCCGACUGGUUGUUUAA